AAAUACCGAAUUAAAAAAAGAUUCACCUGCACUUAGUCCGAAAAGUUCCCCACACUUCAUGGACUCAGUCGAUGGGGUAGAUCUUAGCUCUAGUGCUGAUGACGUCAUUAAAGAAGCUUCACUGGUGUUUACUGCUAGACCAGACACACCUACCUGUGAGAUACAGCGAAUCACCGGACAUCGACUGAGAGUUCAACAGCUCUGCGCAGUAUUGAGAAAAAGAUGGAUAUUGUUGCGAAGAGCUCCGUUGUCCGUCCUUCUGUUGAUGUUAGCCAGCGUAUCUCUGUUGACUAUCUACAUUUCAAGUAGUCACAAGUCUCCGUUCGUACAGUCAAUGUACUUCAAGGCUCAGGAUUACAAUGAUAUCAUUGUGGUUAUGGGUAAACCCAGAGAACCAGAGGCACAACAGAUUUACAACAGUGUUAGAGAACUUUUACCUCCUGACUUUCAAGUCAUUGAGCCUGAUUCAAAAUCGACGUACUACGACUACCUGAAAGACUGGGGCCGAGCUAAUUCUGUGGAGAGAUACAGAGACAACCUUAUGAUGGGGUUUGAAAUCAAGCAGCCUCCAGAGUCUAGCAUUGUGUACUAUCAGAGCUCAUUUGUUCACAGUGAAGCUGUUGCG